AUGCUGAACUCUGAGCCCCCGUCCCUCUCCAUCCCCUCAUCCCGCCCCGACCCCGCUCCCUCCCCGGCCGCCGCUGCCGGUUCCGGUGCCGGUUCCGGUGCCGGUACCGGCUCCGCCGCGGAGCCCCCGCCCCGCACGGAGCCCCUGAGCCGCGCGGAGCCCCUGACUCGCGAGGAGCGGCGGCGCCGGCGCCGGGCCACGGCCAAGUACCGCACGGCGCACGCCACCCGCGAGCGCAUCCGCGUCGAGGCCUUCAACGUGGCCUUCGCCGAGCUGCGGCGCCUGCUGCCCACGCUGCCCCCCGACAAGAAACUGUCCAAGAUCGAGAUCCUGCGCCUGGCCAUCUGCUACAUCUCCUACCUGAACCACGUCCUGGACGUGUGA